CGAAUGGCAUAUUACUUCAAACAAUUGAAUCAAUUGAUCAUAUUCCAAAAUAGUCUCUAAGGAGUCCAAAAAAGGAGAUCAAUUGUUAUCCUUUGAUAUUUUGUUGUGAUCCAUUUCGAAAGUUAGUUUUCGUGUUCGUGUUCUCCAUUAAGUGCAACAGUGUCUGAAACUUUCCUGUGUCAUCUAAAGGACUAAUAUUAAAAAGGAUUACAAAAUGAAAUUGUUCGUAGUAGCAUCCCUCAUUGCUUUGGCAUCUUGCGCUCGUUUGGACAACAACUACCUCCCACCUCCAGGAGCUUCCGGUGCUGGUGGUGGUCCAGGUCUUUCUACUCCUGGAUUUGGAGGACGUCCCGGUGGAGCAGGAGGUCCAGGAGGUCAUGGUGGAAAUCAAGGACUUGGAGGAUUCGGUGGUGGUCCCAGCGGACCAGCUCCAGGAGGCUUCGGUGGCGGUCGCCCCUCAGGCCCAUCUGGAUCAGGUGGACCAUCAGGCCCACAAAUUGAAAUCAUCUCAUACGAAAACGAAAACUACGGAGACGGAAGCUACAAAUUCAGUUAUGAAACCGGCAAUGGAAUCAAAGCUGAAGAACAAGGAGAAUUGAAAAACAAAGGAUCAGAAAACGAAAUCCAAUCUGUUAUGGGUUCAUACUCCUACACUGCCCCAGAUGGACAAUUGAUUACCGUCAACUAUGUUGCUGAUGAAAACGGUUUCCAACCACAAGGUGAUCAUUUGCCCACCCCACCACCAAUUCCAGAAGCAAUCCGUAAAGCACUUGAAGCCACUGCUGCUGCUCAAGGAAACGGUGGUGGUGCCGGAUACCCAUCUGGACCAGCUGGAGGUCGUGCUCCCUCGGGCGGCUAUGGUGCACCAAACCAACAACGACCAACUGGUCCAGGGGCUGGAAGCUACAAUCCUCAAUCUGGAUACAACUAUUAGUCUGCUAAAACGGAUCUGACUUUGAUAGUAUCUAAUUUUUAAGAUUACUAUAUUCGUAAUUUAUUGUAUAGAAACAAGUUUCAGCAGCGCAAUAUGUUCACUCAUUUCACGUUCCCCAAGCAAUAACCGAAGGGAUUAUUUCCAAAAGGAAUAGUCUAAACAAAUCUUAAAGCUGAUUCGACCAAUCAAUCAGAUACGCUUUCCUUUUCAAAAUAAUCCAUUCAUUUAUAA